AUGCUGCAGCAGCUGCAGCAGAAGCCGGCCGACGCCACCGAUGCUGUGCUAUACUGUGCUGUGCUGUGCUGCGGUUGCUUCAUCAACUCGCCCUCUUUACUUUCUGUAGAUGCUGCGCUGUGCUGUGCUGUACUGUGGCUGUUUCAUCUACUUCCUGUAGAUGCUGUGCUAUGCUGUGCUGCGCUGUGCUGUGGUUGUUUCAUCUACUCGUCCUCUUUACUUUCUGUAGAUGCUGCACUAUGCUGUGCUGUGCUGUGCCGUGGUUGUUUCAUCUACUUGUCUUCCUUACUUUCUGUAGAUGCUGUGCUAUGCUGUGGCUGUUUCAUCAACUCAUCCGCUUUACUUUCUGUAGAUGUUGUGCUGUGCUGUGCUAUGCUGUGCUGUGCUGUGCUGUGCUGUGCUGUGCUGUGGCUGUUUCAUUUUCUCAUCAUCUUUACUUUCUGUAGAUGA